AUGACUCGUGACUUACAAAACCAUCUCCUAUUCGAAGUAGCAACAGAGGUAGCCAACAGGGUUGGUGGUAUAUACUCUGUCUUGAAGUCCAAGGCUCCAGUUACCGUCGCCCAAUACGGAGACAACUACACAUUGAUUGGGCCCUUGAACAAGGCCACAUAUGAAGGUGAGGUUGAAAAGCUCAAUUGGGAAGAUGAGAACGUUUUCCCUGAGGACCUGUUACCAAUCCAAAGGACUUUAAUGUCCAUGCGCGAAAAGGGUGUGAAUUUCGUUUACGGCAAUUGGUUGGUGGAGGGAGCACCACGUGUAAUUCUGUUUGAAUUGGAUUCUGUAAGACACUUUUUGGACGAAUGGAAGGCAGAUCUAUGGUCUCUAGUGGGGAUCCCGUCCCCGGAGCAUGAUCACGAGACAAACGAUGCUAUAUUGUUGGGUUAUGUUGUUGUAUGGUUCUUGGGAGAAGUAUCAAAGCUGGACAGUAACCAUGCUAUCAUUGGCCAUUUUCAUGAAUGGUUGGCCGGUGUAGCCCUUCCAUUGUGUAGAAAGAAGAGAAUUGAUGUUGUGACGAUUUUCACUACGCACGCUACUUUAUUGGGCAGAUACCUGUGUGCCGCAGGUGAUGUGGAUUUUUAUAAUAAUUUACAAUAUUUCGACGUGGAUCAAGAAGCAGGUAAAAGAGGUAUUUAUCAUAGGUACUGCAUCGAGCGUGCUGCUGCUCAUACUUCAGACGUUUUCACCACCGUGUCGCAGAUCACUGCUUUGGAAGCAGAGCAUUUAUUGAAGAGAAAACCUGACGGUAUCUUGCCCAACGGGUUAAACGUCAUCAAGUUCCAAGCCGUUCAUGAGUUCCAAAAUUUGCAUGCAUUGAAAAAGGACAAAAUCAACGAUUUUGUUAGAGGCCAUUUCCAUGGUUGUUUUGAUUUCGAUCUCGACAACACCGUUUAUUUCUUUAUCGCUGGUAGAUAUGAAUAUAAAAAUAAGGGGGCUGACAUGUUCAUUGAGUCAUUGGCUCGUCUCAAUUACAGAUUGAAAGUUUCCGGGUCCAAGAAAACCGUGGUAGCAUUUUUGAUUAUGCCCGCCAAGACUAAUUCAUUCACAGUGGAAGCUUUAAAGAGUCAGGCCAUUGUGAAAUCCUUGGAAAACACCGUUAAUGAUGUUACUGCGUCCAUUGGCAGAAGAAUCUUCGAGCAUACGAUGAGAUAUCCUCACAAUGGUUUAGAGUCCGAACUACCCACUAACUUGGAUGAACUAUUGAAAAGUUCUGAAAAAGUCUUGUUGAAAAAAAGGGUCUUAGCAUUAAGAAGACCCUAUGGUGAACUGCCCCCAGUGGUCACACAUAACAUGUGCGAUGAUGGAAACGAUCCAAUUCUAAAUCAAAUCAGACACGUCAGAUUAUUCAAUGAUUCAAGUGACCGUGUCAAAGUAAUUUUCCAUCCGGAAUUUUUGAACGCCAAUAACCCCAUUAUUGGGCUGGAUUAUGACGAGUUUGUCCGUGGUUGCCAUUUGGGUGUUUUCCCAUCCUACUAUGAACCAUGGGGCUACACACCAGCAGAAUGCACCGUCAUGGGUGUCCCAUCGAUCACAACAAACGUUUCCGGGUUUGGUGCCUACAUGGAGGACCUGAUUGAAACUGAUCAAGCUAAGGACUAUGGUAUUUAUAUUGUAGACCGUCGUUUCAAGAGCCCUGAUGAAUCUGUGGAGCAACUGGCUGACUAUAUGGAGGAAUUUGUCAACAAGACCAGAAGACAAAGAAUCAACCAAAGAAACAGGACCGAAAGAUUAUCUGAUUUAUUAGACUGGAAGAGAAUGGGGCUAGAGUAUGUCAAGGCCAGACAAUUGGGUCUUCGUAGGGCUUACCCAGACCAAUUUAAAGAAUUGGUAGGUGAAACCAUUAGUGAUGCCAAUAUGAAUACUCUUGCCGGUGGUAAGAAAUUCAAAAUUGCCAGACCCCUAAGUGUGCCUGGAUCCCCCAAGAUUAGAUCUAGCAGUACCGUUUACAUGACUCCAGGCGACUUAGGUACCCUUCAAGAUGCCAAUAAUGCUGACGAUUACUUUAACUUAAGCAUGAAUGGAGGAAUCGCCGAAGAUGACGACGAUGACACGUCCGCAUACUACGAGGAUAACUGA